UCGUUAUAUCGCUGUUCGCCGCAUAAGGAAGAUACCGAAGAACAUACCUCGGCCCAGAAAACCGAUAAAAAUCGAAUCCGGGUCCUAUUCCUCUCCCGGCAACGCUUCGUCCGGUCCCGCGUCGAGGGGCCGGGCAAAGACUGGGGGUGGCCGUCAUAAACCGUCGAUAGCCAAUUGUUCGUUGCUUUCGUUGCUCUAGACUAGUAUGAGGGCAGCGGGUUGCUGUUACCUUGAAAACUUGCGCUGUCCCGGUGGAGCAUAUCAGGUUAAGCCGCACAUGGAGUCUUCCGUUUUCUACAGUUUUUCAUUAUUAUUUUCUUGCCCCUAGUGGUUCGCCCCAUUGUAUCUGUCUCCAUGACAUGCCACUGGUCUGGGGACAAUAAAUACCGUUCUCCGGAGCUAUUUCUACUUAACGGGGCGCGGUUCUGUCUGUCUCGAUUUUCUCGUCUGCUGCCCUCCCGACUGCUCUGCUCUGCUCUGCCAGCGCCGCCAUUGACCGAUGGCAGUCGAUUCGGAGGCCCCCAAUGGGCCAAUUUCUCAUACGGCCCUAGCUGCUGCCAUCAGUAAUAAUGGUGAUUACCCCACCAUCGUGCCUGAUCCGGAGUCAGUCAGUUUAGCCUCGAAGCGGGCCAAAGGGACAACAGUCAGCGAAAAGGCCAAAAUUGUCGAAGACAACGCAGAUUCUGUCUUGAACGUUUCCAUCCAGGAGGGCACCGAUCAUACACACCGUAGGUUGAAGCCGAGACACAUACAACUGAUCGGUAUCGGUGGGACUAUCGGUACAGCCUUAUACGUUCAGAUCGGGCAAGGCUUGAUGCAUGGCGGCCCCGCAAGUUUAUUCAUAGCAUUUGCAUUCUGGUAAGUACCUACUCAUUGCUUGCUCUAUUAAUCGUUAUGCUCCACGGUUCUUGGGAAGUUGCGAUCCAGGAGUGGUUCUGCAAUGAAUUGGCUUGAUAUCCAGGAAAGCUGCAAUCUAUAUGUUG